CCUGGCUUUCUGCUUACUUCUUUAGUGGACAGUUCAGUAUAGGUUAUCUGUCGCAACGACUGCGUGUGCGUCAAGGCUGCAGGCAAUGGCAAGCUAGGUGACAUAAGAAGCCUCUGCUUGCGAGGCAGAGGUUGUCAGGAGUAGCAGGGGCGACGCGGCUGCCAACAUGAGCGCGGCAAAUGAGCGCGCUGCGCUGCAAGGUGCACAGCCGAUGGUGGACCUGCAAAAGCUGCUUGCGGACGUGUAUGACAAUGCCCUCACGGAUUUCGUCCAGUUGUCGACCGAGCAGGGACUCGGGGACAGCGAUCGCAAACACCGGCUGCUGCUGCACCUUCAUGGCACGCGCCAGCAGCUGUUGCGGUCGCUGGCGCUGGUCAAUUGGAAGCCCAUGAAGGUGCUUGCGGAGCUGGCGGACCACGACCGGGUAUUGGACCUGGCUGCGGGCCACGUGCGCGCCUGCACAGAGCUGGUGAACGCGCUGCGGCAGCAGGCGGCGGGCCGCAUCAUGGCGGGCGCCUACCUCAACGCCUUUGACGUCAACACGGCGCUAGAGGUGCUCACCACAGGCACGUACCAGGAGCUGCCGUCCAUCAUCCUGCACCGCCCGCCGCUGUUCCAGCCGCCACCCGCGCCGCUCAGCCGUCAGCGCUCGCGGCUGGCGCACGUGACGCACCUCAUACGCGCGCGGCUGGUGCAGGUGGCCAUGCCGCCGGGGCUCAAGGUGGUGAGUGUGGGGAACGGCACGGCGGUGCUGCGGGCGGAGGGGCUGUACGAGGCCAAGCUCACGCUGGUGCCCUCGGAGCCGCUGCCGGGACUGGACGACGCGGCGGCGGCAGCAGCGGGAGCGGGAGCAGCAGGAGCUGAGGGCGGCGGCGAGGAACAGGCGGACGCAGCAGCAGGGGAAGCGGGACCGGGCGCCGGCGGCCUGCCGGGCUGGGCGGCGGAGGCCGUUGCCGCUGCGUCGGGCGACGCGGCGGCGGCCGCGGCGGCGGCUCAGCGCUGGAAGUGGCGGCUGAUCCACUUCGUGCUGCUCAUAGGCGUGCCGUUCUACGACCCACGCCAGCCCGGCCAGAUCCUCAACACCUGCAACUUCCACAUGGUGCUUGCCGCCGACAACGCAGCCUACCUGCGCUGGCAGCGCAAGGGGCCGGGCGCGGGCGCGGGGGCGGCCGCCGCUCGCAGCGCGGUCAGCGAGAGCGUGGCCACGCCCGCGCCCAGCGGGCUGCCCGGGGCGGCGGCGGCCGCCGCCGCAGGGGCCGGAGGCGGCGGUGGCGUGUCGCUGGCUGCUGCUGUGAAGAAGGCGGAGGACGACGAGGUGGGGGCGCCGCUGGCGGUGAUGCACGCCAUCCUGACGGACGUGGCGGGGCGGCUGCUGGCGGACGAGCUGGCGGCGGCGGCGCGCGCGCUGGCGGCGCCGGGCAGCCGCUGGCACGGCCACAUCGCGGUCAAGCCCAGCCAGCUGCUGCACCCGGGCGUUCGCAUCGAGUACUGGGUGCAGGCGCCGCCGCUGAUGGGCAAGAGCGCGCUGCCGCGCGUGGGCCCGGGCGAGGACCUGCGCGGCGUGCGGCCCGGCCCGCCCUACCUGGAGCUGGGCAUGGGCGACAGCGGCUGCGUGGAGGUGCAGCACGGCCCCUCGGUGUUGCACAAGCCCGUGUCCAUGUCCAAGUUGCGGCUGGACACCUUCCGCGUCAACGUGGAGGAGGUGCUCAUGCGCUCAGCCAACAUGAGCGCGCAGCUGCAGCUGCUGCAGAUUCGGCGGGAGCUCAAGGAGAACCUGUUCGCCGCCAUGGGCCUGCGCGCGCCCACCAUGCGUCUCACCAGCCUGGCCCGUCAGCUGUGGUGCCGGGACGGAGUGCCGCUGGUGCAGCCAGGAACGGAGGAAGACGGCGCCGCUGCAGCUGCAGCGGUUACAGGAGGCGCAGCCGCUGCCGCCGCCGUAGGCGCCAACGCGUCAGCGAUGGACAUUGACGGCGGAGCUGGCGUGGGGGCGGGACCGUCAGGCACGCCAGGGCCUGCGGCGGCGCCAGCCGCCGCCGCCGCCGCCGCCAUUGGCGCCAUCCCGCCGCCCAGCAGCCCGCCGCCGGAGGUGACGGGGCUGCUGGCGGCGGCGGCGCCACCGGAGGAGACGGCGGGGGCGCUGGUGCUGCUGAACGCCCCGGUGCUGGAGUACCUGGUGACGGGGACCACGGAGCUGAAGAUCGGGAAGCACCUGUUCAGCGGGCGGCUCACGCUGCGGCCGGGGCAGGACGAGCGCGACGAGGGCUCGCUGCACCACGCGGCCGAGGUCGCAGCGAGCGAGGACUCCGUGAACGCGGCGGCGCUGAGCGCGUACAACUCGGCGCCGGAUGACUCCUACCCCGCCAGCCGCGCGCUCAAGGAGGCCUGCGCCGCGCUGUGCCGCGUGCUGCAGCGCACCCACAACUCCACUGACGCCACGCACUUCAUCCAGGCGGCGCGGCGCGCCUCGCUGCACAUCAGCCGUCUGCCGGGCGGCAUGCUGGAGGCCUUCACCGCCGCCAACCCCGGACUCGCGAUCGAGGCUCGGCCCAACGAGAAGGCCGCCACGUGGGCGUUACAGUCGGUGCCCUUCCCGCCCAACUUCCCGCCACUGGAGUUGAGCGGCGCCGCCGACACGCCGCCGCUGCGCACGCCGCAGUGCCUGGCGUUCUUCCUGCAGAGCCGCCUCAGCCUGCACUCGCCGCACGUGCUGGUGGCGGUGUCCUGCAACCGCCAGCUCAUGCCCAUCAAGGUGCUGUCCUGCAUCCCGGUGCCGCCCAGCACCUACCGCCUGCCCGACCAUGUCGUCGCCGCCUACAUGGCCGUCAGCGUGGGAGCCGGAGGAGGCGGAGGCGGAGGCGCGCAUUCACACAGCGGCGGCGCCGCGGCCGGGCACCACCACCCACACCACCACGGCGGGCAGGGCGGGCAGGCGGCGCUGGCGCAUUCGCCGCCGCACAGCGGCGGCAGCAGCCCUCGCGUGCUGGCCAACGGCGGCGAGGCCUCCCACGGCCACAGCCUGCAGCACCCCCAGCACAGCCACAGCCAGCACCACCAUCACCACCACCACCACUUGGGAGGCCCCUCGCCCGACACCUCGCCCGUGCGCGAGUCGGCGCCGUCCGCGCUGGGCCCCGCCAGCAGCUCCCAUGGGCCCCUCUUCCGGCCCUCAGGGGGCGGCACCGCCUCCAUCACCGCUGCCGGCACACAGCUGUCUGACGCACCAGCGGGCGCUGCCAGCGGCCAGCCAUCACUGCCGGGUACGGCUUCACCGGCGUCAGCAGCGGCGGCCGGCGGCGCAGGCUCGGGGCCGCUGGCGCGGCGUGGCGGAGGCGGAGGCGGCGGGGGCGGAGGUGCCGUGUCUGGCAGCGGCGCGGGCGGGCGGCCCACGGGGCAGCAGGUGGCGGUGAUGCUCGCGCAGCAGCAGCUGAGCAGCGUGGUGCGGUGGUGCCGGCGGCGGAUGGUGUGGGAGGUGUUGCUGGUGCAGCUGGCGGCGGUGGGCGCGGCCUUUGAGGAGCUGUGCAGCCCGGACGCGCCGUGCCAGCGCGUGCGUGUGACACGGGUGGCGGGCACUGCGCUGCCGUGCCCCAUUGCGCGGCGGCCGGGGCUGGCGCCGGCGCGCGUGGGGCCGGCGUGCCUGGAGCUGGAGCUGGGGCCGGACGCUCUGGCGGGCCAGGUCACGGCCCGGCUGUGGGGCCGCUUCCUGUGCUCGCCGGUGUGCGAGCCCGUGGUCGCGAACCGAGCGGUCGGCGGGGCGGGCGCUGGCGGGUCCAUAGGCGCUGCUGCGGCGGUGGCUGCGACGCACGGGUUCGUGCUGAGCGACGAGGAUGCGCCGGGCACGGUGCCGUACGCGGGCCGCGGCGACGGCGGCGCCGCCGGAGGCGGCGGCGGCGGCCGCGGCGCGCCGCUGCUGUGCCUGCGGCGGCAGUAUUGCCUGGAGCGCGGCGACAGCGCAUUGACCAUUGUGCAGGAGGUGGCGGCUGUGAUCCGCAUGCAGACGCUGCUGGCGCGGCUGGAGAUGACGGCGCGGCCGGCGGCGGCGGCGACGGCGGGCACCGGCGCGGGGCCGGUGCUGCCGCAGCGGCUGUCGGUGCUGACGCGUCCGACGGCGGCUGCAGCGGAGGCAGUGCCUCAGCCUGGGCCGCGGCCGCUGCAGCCUCACAACUCGCAGGAGGAGGGGGUGUCGCUGGCGCCGCCCGCCAAGCGACUGAAGUCAGAACCACGGGUCCUGGGAGACGGCUGUGAUGUGCCCAUGUCGAACGGCACACAGCCAAACGGCGGCGCACUCACCGCUGUCGUUGACGCGCAGGCGCCAGCACAGGCACCGGCGGCUGGGGCAGCAGCAACAACGUCUGCUGCAACAACGGGGACAGCAACGCGCGGCGGGUGCGGGCUGAGGUGGCACUGGCCGCUGGUGGGCACGUUGACUCUGGAGCACUACAGCUGCAGCGCCGCCGCCAUUAGGUACACGCCGGCCGCAGGCGCCGCUGGAGCGCCCGGGGGCGGCGGCGCCGGCGAGGCGCCGGCGGCUGACGCCGCCACGAGUGCCAUCAUGCCGCCGGCACCGCUGGUGCUGCACAUUACCUGGGCGCCGCGGGACGUGCGGGGCAUUCACGGAGGCGGUGGCGGCGCAGCCGCAGCCGCUGCAGCGCCUCCCCAGACGCCCGGCGCCCAGGGCGGCGGCGCAGCCGCCGCGCUCUUCGGCCCACUCGCCUCCGCCUCCGUGCCGGCCGGCGUGCCAGCGCCGCUGGCCAACACCCCCUCCUCCUCCACAGCACCGCACGCGCACCAGUACCACCACGCGGCGCACGCGCACCACGCCGCCGCGCACCUGCACGGCCGCGGCUCGCCGCUGCUCCCGCCCGAGGCGGUGGCGACCAGCAGCCGGCCCGUGCAGGCGCGGGCGGGCGAGCCCUUCGGCACCGCCUUCUGCGACCUAGUGCUGUGCACCGUCACCUGCAGCAGCGGCCACUCGCUGCCGUCCGAGUACCUGCACGUGCUGGAGGAGUUUGCCGAGGCGGGCGAGGAGGGCAAGCUGCUGGACGCGGUGGCGGUGGCGGCUUGGCCGCUGGCGGGCUUCUUCACCGCGCUGCGGCCGGCGGUGCUGGCCCGCCACGGCCUGGUGCUGGACAGCGACGUGCGGCCGGCUCUGUCGCAGCCGCCCUACUGCCACCGCAUCGUGUGCCGCCGCCGCGCCCCCAACACCGGCCACGUGCUGAUGGACCUGCUGUGCCAGGCCGUGGGGCGCAGCUACAUCAAGGUCAGCAUCACGGCGGUGGGAGGGGCAGCGGCGGCGGCGGCCGCCGCAGCCGCGGCGGCAGCGGCGGCUGGCACCGGCGAGGCCGGCCUGGAGCGCAGCAGCACCUCGGGCAGCGCGACGCCGAACAAGCAGCCGGAGCCGGGGGCGGCGGCAACAGCCGGGGAGGCGGGCGGCGCGUCGCAGCACGUGCUGCAGGCGCUCAAGGCGCAGGCGGUGACGCGGCUGGGGCCGCGCGGCGUGUCUGUGAGCGUGGGCGGGCGGGGCGCCGUGUACACGGGGUUUGGGCACAAGCCAUCGGGCGUGCCGGGGCCGGGCGCGCCGCUGUGGCUGCUAGUACCGAACGAUUGUGUGCAGGCCGCUGUGGAGCUGGUGUAUAGCGUGCUCAACUGAGGCGAGAACAAUUCGGGUUACGGUGAAUGAAAAGAUUGUGAGGGCGGGGCUGCGGCGGGCUGAGCUGGACGGAGCUGGUGCUGGGGCUUAAGAUCAACAGAGGUUGCACCUGGGCUUGCGCUCGAGCUAGGCCGUACUUAGCCCGGUCAGUUUGCGCGUGCGGCGGCGUUUUGCUGGGUUUGCAAGACUGUGCGAGGGGCCCGGGUGCAGAUGCGGGCGUGGAGACUUGAGAUGUUAUGGUACCACCUGCGUCUGUUCUUUUGCGUGGGAGCUCGGCGUUGGGCGGCGGCGCGGCGGCACGCACAGCUACCCGCCCCAUAGUUGGGCAGGCAGGUGCGGUCGCGGGGUGUGGUUGUGCAAACGGAUUAGUUGGGACAAGGCCAGAUGUCCGCUCGCGUGAGUACUAGGGGCAUGCAACACCGGCACAUGGCAGACGGGUACUGACAGUUAGGUAUGGCCUCUACGAUUGCGGCAUUGUUUGCGUGGCGGUCAGGAUUAUGGUAGGUACCUCAGUUGGCGGGCGGCGUCGUGGCCCUAUGGGUGCGACAUGGGGUGCGAUGGGACAGUGUGCAGCGCAUUCCCAGACCGCGCGCUCGAUUUGUGACGUUAAGGCAAGAGCGCCCGGCUGCUAUAACGCCGGAGUUACUGUACCGAGGCUUCGCUGACUUGCAGGAAGGCUGGUAGUUUGCUGAUGCGCAGCCCCGUGGGGUGGCGCGAGGUGGAGCAGUUGUAGGCCUCGAGCUAGUGCGGGUGUCCGAUGGCUGGUGGCGAUGCUUACAGAACCGGGGCCAGACCUCGUCCGUAAUGGGAUGCUUGACCCCAGCAUCGGAGGCAGCAGUACGGUACGGCAUGUGGCAUGGUCAGUGAUGGCACCGCGGGGAAGGCGCAGCAGCGCAUUGUAACCCUGGGCACAGCUGUAACCCUGUGCAGGCCCGCCAGGAUGGCCGCCAGGAUGGCGCAGUGCCAGCAUUGCGUGGGGUCCUACUGAGGACUACUGUUGGUGAAUGCGCGUCAGCAAACUUCCAGCCAGCCAGCAACUUGUCGGUACAGUAACUGCGGCGUUCGACCAGCCGCAUUGCAUUGCCGUUGCAAAUUGUUUGUCAUCUGCUGGGUCUGGGAAUCAACUGCACCCUACGGGAACUCGCCAACCUGCCUUAACCUUGUCCCAUCGCACAUCCUAAUCGUGGGGCCCUACUGAGGACUACUGUUGGUGAAGAGGGGUGAAGUGACCAUUAGCAAUGAGCACGGCUGAUAAAUGCCUCAAUUAUGUAUCGUUUAAUGGGCACUCCUUGUGUCCGAACCCAACGGCACGGGGUGCAAGUAUGCGCAAGGGUGUUCCCAACUCCUUGGUGUGGUCGAGGAUCUGGCGGACUCGAGCGGCGGUGUCCGUGUAGCUGCUUCGCGUGUGCCGACGCAUAGCGCUGUCCGGACGCUUAUUGCAUUGCGUGUCCGCCCGAGCGCGCUGUGGGCACUUUAGUCCGCACGCGAGGCUACGCACGCAUUGAGGCACCGCGGUCACGAUUAGGGUGUGUGCCGGCGGUUGAACCUGAGAGUGCAUUCAGAACGACUACAUGAGGCAAUAACACGUAAGCCUCGGACAACUGGCUAGACGGCGGAAAGGAAGGGAGAGACAUAAGGAAAGGCCGUGACACGAUGAUGUGACGGAAGGGGGCAGGAACAUGGACUGCCACCAAGUGCUCGGCGAGAUGUGGGCACGACACAAUAUGGUCGUACGGAGACCACUGAGAUGCUAUUGGCCGGUCUGAGCAGUGUUUGUAGACGCGGCGAGGACGAGACGUAGGCAUCGGUAGAACUAGGCCCUGGACCCUGACAGUACACGGCCAGAAGGGCACAGGGCUACGCGAGUGUGAUUUGCACAUAUAUCUGUACAUAAGGAUGUGGCAUAACGAGGAAUGGGCUGCAGUCUGUCGACGACAGUCCGGGCAUGGAUUUGCGGAAGCUCGCUGCAUAGGGGACUUGAUUGCUCGAGUCCUACGGCGACGUGUGAAUACGGUAAUUGGUUAGGUUGAAGCGGUAGGAGCGUUUCCCCAAUGGGCGCUCGUUGACGCGGAGCCAUUCUACGCGGUUCGGCCCUCCGGCUACCCUGGCCGCGGCGACGGUCUUUAGGCCACCGCCCAUGCCCGUAGUCCGGGAGCCUAGCGCGCUUGCUUUUGUGUGAUAUUGCUAGGCGGCGAUAGCGUUUGCAGGCCUAGACUUUGAGGGACGACUAGAGAACAGGGCGGGUUGAGGGAUGGAGACUGGGCAUUGAUGCUCACACUCUUCCCUAGCUUGCCCCGUGCCCUUGGUGGCCCUGGGGCGUUGUUUGAGCUACGGUGCGCAUUUCCAAAUAGCGACGCAAGCAGGGGGUAGUCCAGGCGCUGCAUGGGGACGCUGCAUGAGGGCAAAGCCCGAGUGGAAGCUGGCCCCUGCACCUUCCAGGCCUAGCUCCCCUGCGCCAAUCGCGAUGGUGGAAGGUGCCCGGGGCAAUAUAUGACCGCUCCGGAGCGCCAAGAAAGAAACCCGGCACUCCUGUGUAAUACGCCACGAGU